AUGUGGAUUGCCAUCAAGCCGUUGCGACGCGAUAAAAGUCUGGCCCAGUCAAAGUACUCGAUGCGGUGCAAGCGCCUGCUCAUACCCUCACGGGAACCCGGCCGUCGCAUCAAAGCGGACCUAUAUCUGCCGCCGCACCCAAACCCAGGCGACAGAGAUCGUUUCCGACCGGUCCUCGUCAACUACCAUGGUAGCGGCUUUGUUCUGACUGGUCUACUUGGAAGCAAAGUGCUCUACUGUGCGCGCAUCGCCUGCGAACUUGGUAUCGCAGUUCUUGAUGCAGACUAUCGCAAGGCGCCCGAGCACCCGUUUCCUGCCGCGAUCCACGUCAUCGAGGAUGUCCUGCGUUGGGUUUCGAGCCCUGCUACUGAGAAUACCGAUUACCUGUUCGAUAGACGGCGGGUUAUGCUCUCGGGCUUCAGCUCGGGAGGCUCGCUCGCUCUGGUUGCAGCUUCGGUGCUGCGCGCGGAUACAUACCCUUCCAUCGAUGCCGACAUUCGUGCUGUAGUGGGAAUAUACCCAUCAACGGAUCAUGUCACACCACUGGAAGACAAGAAGCCACCGAAGGAGGGUAUUGGGAAGUCAUCCCCGGAAUUUUCGAGGAUAUGUCUCGAUUGCUACAUGCCGGACUAG